AUGAAUUCAGGUUGGAGUGAUGAGGAUAGUGAUUAUGAUAUUUUGGAGCUAGCAAACAAGCCACCGAAGGCUUUACAAGUCGCACAAUGUGGGGCGGUUGCUACAUCUCAGAAUGCUAGUACUCAGAAGCGUGAUUCCGAUAAGUCGGUAGUCGAUGAAGAGGCCGAUGAGGUGGAACAGGCACUAAUGAAGGCUCGUGGUGAGUCAGGUAUGCUUCGAGAUAAGUUGCAGUUACUUGAAAAAGAGAAGGAACAAGAACACCAAAGAUUGCUAAAUAAGGAAGAGCAAUUACGGCAGGUCCAUCUGCAUGAGUUGAAUAAGCUGAAGGAAGAAUUGCAGAGGGUUGAAGACGAGAAGAAGUUCUUACUGUUGGAAAAGCGUCAGUUGACGAAAUUCCAGGCAGCAAACCUACCGUUACAACAAACACAGACGAAUACCGCACAAGCUGAAUCGGUUAAAAAGAGGAAGAUAGAAAAUGAGCUGGUUCAAGAAUAUGUUACAUUGGAUCAUCACAGAAUCAUCCCUGAUGAUUCUUCAUUGUUUGUAGAUACACUAAUACAGCAUAAACUUCCAGGAUGCAAUAUCACCGUUUUUGAUAUCCUUGAUCAUAUUUGCUUGGAACAUGUUGACAGCAUCAGGGAUGUCAACAAUGUUUUGCAUAUAUCAAAUGGUGAGCCUCUUGGGAGGCCAAUUCAAAAGCUGUUAUUCCAGAUGAAAGGUACGAUGUCGCUGGAUAAGCUGGUCGACAAGACGUUAGAGAAUUUGGCAAUUCUAAUUCGAACAAUAGCAAGUGGGAAGGAUUGCAAGUUCGCGGUUCCAUUUCUAGUGUCAUGCAUGUAUCAAGCAAUCGAGUUUCGCCCUAGUGCAGUCCAUAUUACAGUGUUGAAAGAUAUGUUUCAAUUCAUAUCCGAUUUAGUUAUUACCUAUCAGCAUUUGUUAAAGAAGCCAUUGCAUGAUUCGCCUUUAGAGCUAGGUGUGAAGCCCAAGAGUUUCCAAUAUGAAUUUUUGGAUAUUCUGGCGGUGCUCUAUUGCUUCGACGUGAUGGAAUUGUGCAUCAAAAUACUGCUGGUAAGAAGUUCUGCGCAUCAGCAGUUAUUUUUUGAUGGAACUAUUUGGCAAAAUCUUACGAAAGUUAUUCAAUUGUCGUUGACGAUAUCAUACAGGCCCAUUUUAAACGUUGUAUACAACACUGUGGAGAUUAUAUACGGCCUUACACAACUUGAACUUCCUACCGAUCUAGCGACUUCCCAGUGGUGGGAUUCAGUAAUAGGCAAGCUAUUUCACAUUUGGAACCGCCAGGUAAGUAACGAAAAUGUAAUCAACAACGACAAUCUACACUUACUCCCGAAGUACAACAUAUCUGGAUUGAUACGCUGCAUAGGAGACAAUUCCAACGCCUAUUUGCUGGAAAAUCUAGUCGAUAACAAAAUUGUACAAAGCAUACCAGAGGUUAUUUACGAGGAGUUUCCUGAAUUGAGCCGCCAAUGUAAAGAGCAAGCAGAAGGAUGUUGCCUAACCAUGCAGUUGAAUGUGGUAGUAACAUUUCAAAUGCUAUUGACACGUUACAGUACUUCCAUAUCCCAUGCCGACCUUCUGAGCCAGACUGUUAAACUUCUAUGCAGGGAACAAGAAUUCAUGCUAAUCCAGUGUCUCGGCAUCGAGUCCGAAAACGCAGACAUUCGUAACACCCUGAUAAACGAAUUGAUCAGGCUACUUUACCACAUGUGGAAACAACUCGACGAGCCUGCAAAGUUGCUAAAGGACACACAAGAUGACCUUGUGGUGUGCUUGUGGCGUAUUGUAUUUGGUCACAUGAGCAACGGAGACCCUACAGAAGAUCUUCAAGAGAAAGCCCUUCUCGUGGAUCCAUUUCGCAAGUUGAAAUUGCAAGAACAAAUGGACUACUACGAAGAUGCUUUCCAAGGUAACCAUCAUGCUAGCUUCAUAUCGGAAGAGCUCCUCAAAGAGGAUAUCAUCCACUGUGAACGCCAAUUCAACGCCGGAUACGAUUACAACUGUCGAGAACUGGCCAAGUUUGUCCUUGACAGCAUCACCUCAAUGGAAGAUGCUGACGCACUAUACCUAUCUAUGGUUCCCGAACAAUGA